GGCCAGGUGACAUAAUUCAUUCCAUAAAAUAAUUGAAGUCCGUUCCUGUUCAUUCUUUUCGAACUCACCACCUUCUAUCCUGCGUGGUGCACGCAGCGCCCAGUGCUGAGCGCUGAGCGCUGGGCCUUGAUGCCCAAUACGAGCCACUGGCAAGUCAAAGGGUAAAAACUAUUAUUAUCUAGAGUCAUAACGUAAUCCAGUGUAACUGCGCCAAACGCCAUGGAUAGCACUGCAGAAGACCUCGCCAGCUAUCUCGUGCAGCAACUCAAACUUAAAGCAGUCGGAGAGCGGCUCUUGGUUGCUAUCGCGGGCGUUCCUGCCUCAGGCAAAUCAACCUUGGCUGAACUAGUAGUCGCCAAAGUCAAUGCGCUUCUGGCUGCUGAUAGUGCCACGCAUCCCACUUCCGCUAUUUUGGUUGGCUUGGAUGGGUGGCAUCUGAGCCGUGCACAGCUAGAUGCCAUGUCGGAUCCUAAACUUGCACAUGAUCGUCGCGGUGCACACUGGACUUUCGACGGACCAUCUUACGUUGAGUUCGCGAAACUUUUACGCCAGCCAGCAACUGCUGUGAUAACUGCCCCUUCUUUCGAUCAUGCCCUGAAAGAUCCUACCCCCCACGCUGUGUCGAUAUACCCUUCCCACCGCCUGGUCGUAAUCGAGGGCUUAUAUUCCAUGUUAAAACAUGAUAUCUGGGAGCAGGGUGCACAGCUAAUGGAUGAACGGUGGUGGAUACAGGUAGGUCUGGAGGAAGCAAAGCGGCGAUUGGUCAAGAGGCACGUCCUCACGGGCGUAGCUAAAGAUAUGGAAGAGGCAAUAUGGAGAGCCGGGCAGAAUGAUGAGCCGAAUGGGAAAUUCAUUGCGGAAAACCUGUAUGAACCCACAAGGAUCAUCAAGAGCUUGGACGACCCCAAAUAUAUCAUUUAACCUUGCUGCAAAAAUGUAAAUCACACUCCUUUUAAUGCCAAUUCUAGGCCUCUGGGAUUUGGUUUACUCGCCGAUCAAUCUCCGAGUAAGGACAG